AUGACCCCGCGCCGCUCCGGGCUGGUUCCCGCAGUGGAGCGCGGUUGGUUCGGGGCGGCGUCGCUGGCCAUGGGGCUCGGGGCGGCAGCCGGGGCCCUGCUGGUGGCACUGGGGGUGCUGGGAGCCCCCCCGGGUGCGGGCGCGGAGCUCUCGGGGGUGCUCCAGCACAUGUUUAAGGCCGAGUGUCUGUUCAUUAACCGCACGGAGAAGGUGAGGUUCGUGGUGAGGUACAUUUACAACCGGCAGAUGUGGGCGAUGUUCGACAGCGACGUGGGGAGCUACGUGGGGUUCACCCCCUAUGGGGAGAGGAAUGCCAAGGGCUGGAACAGCGACCCGGCCAUACUGGAGCACAGACGGGCUCAGGUAGACACGCUCUGCCGGCACAACUACGAGGUGUCCCGCCCGUUCAUCACGGAGCGCCGAGUGCCCCCCAGCGUGUCCAUCUCGCUGGUGCCCCCCUCGAGCUCCCAGCCCGGCCCCGGCCGCCUGCUCUGCUCCGUGAUGGAUUUCUACCCCGCUGCCAUCCAGGUGAGGUGGUUUCAGGGCCAGCAGGAGCUGUCGGAGCACGUGGUGGCCACCGACGUGGUGGCCAACGGGGACUGGACCUACCAGCUGCUGGUGCUGCUGGAAACGCCGCCCCGGCGCGGGCUGAGCUACAGCUGCCAGGUGGAGCACGUCAGCCUGGAGCAGCCGCUGAGGCGGCACUGGGAGAUGCCGCCGGACGCCGGCCGCAGCAAGAUGCUGACGGGCAUCGGGGGCUUGGUCUUGGGCUCGGUCUUCGUGGCGCUGGGGCUCGGCUUCUACGUGCGCAAGAAGGUGAGGGCGGGUGCCGGGGGCGGCGUGGCCGCCGUGGCGGAGCCCCGGGAGCGGGACAAAGGGAUCCGAACAAAAACUUCCAGCGAGUCCCAAAUCUGGGAUCCCCCCCAAAACCCCACCUUGCCCCCCCAGUAUCGGCGGCAGGGGAGCGCGUCCCUCAUGACCCCGCGCCGCUCCGGGCUGGUUCCCGCAGUGGAGCGCGGUUGGUUCGGGGCGGCGUCGCUGGCCAUGGGGCUCGGGGCGGCAGCCGGGGCCCUGCUGGUGGCACUGGGGGUGCUGGGAGCCCCCCCGGGUGCGGGCGCGGAGCUCUCGGGGGUGCUCCAGGAGAUGUCAACCUCAGAGUGUCACUUCAUUAACAGCACGGAGAAGGUGAGGUUCGUGGAGAGGUUCAUCUACAACCGGCAGCAGUACGCCAUGUUCGACAGCGACGUGGGGCACUUCGUGGGGUUCACUCCCAUUGCGGAGAGGUGGGCCCGGGACUGGAACAGCAACCCGGAAUUGAUGGAGAGCAGACGGGCUGCGGUGGACAGGUUCUGCCGGCGCAACUACGUGAUAUCCCGCCCGUUCAUCGUGGAGCGCCGAGUGCCCCCCAGCGUGUCCAUCUCGCUGGUGCCCCCCUCGAGCUCCCAGCCCGGCCCCGGCCGCCUGCUCUGCUCCGUGAUGGAUUUCUACCCCGCUGCCAUCCAGGUGAGGUGGUUCCAGGGCCAGCAGGAGCUGUCGGAGCACGUGGUGGCCACCGACGUGGUGGCCAACGGGGACUGGACCUACCAGCUGCUGGUGCUGCUGGAAACGCCGCCCCGGCGCGGGCUGAGCUACAGCUGCCAGGUGGAGCACGUCAGCCUGGAGCAGCCGCUGAGGCGGCACUGGGAGAUGCCGCCGGACGCCGGCCGCAGCAAGAUGCUGACGGGCAUCGGGGGCUUGGUCUUGGGCUCGGUCUUCGUGGCGCUGGGGCUCGGCUUCUACGUGCGCAAGAAGCUCCUGAGGCGGCGGCGGCCGCAGCCCCUCCCCGUGGGCUCGGGCCCGGCCGGGACCCCCCGCUCCGUCCCCGCUCCGCUGAUCCCGGGGGGGUCCCGUGUCCCCCCCAGCGCCGCUGGCGCUCUGCCCCCGCCCAGUGCCCGCUGCCGGCGCUCCCAAUAAAGCUUCCCAGCUGGGCCCGGGGCCGU